AUGGAUUCUAAUUUAUAUGUGAAAUUAACUCCUUAAGGUACAUAAAAACAUAAAGAGCUGGAAUAAUAAUGUCUAAAGAAAUUUAUAUUUUGGGUAGCUGUUGCAAAUAUUUCAGGUGUACUUGGAGGUUAACUUAUGAUGUAUAUACCAAUGUCAAGCAAAUCAAAAUAAUUGAGGUAAUUUGAUAAAAUACUAUAAUUUUAGAUUUAGAAAUGGUAUUUUUUUAACCACUGCUUUAUUGUUAAGUUAUCAUGGUUAUAAAUUAUCCAAAAGAGAUUUAAGAAUUGGAUAAAAGGAGAUUAUAAAAAACAAAGAAUAUGUAUUAUAAUCAUCUUGA